AUGUUUAGGAAGGCCAAAAAUGACAGAUUAUGUGCCCAUCCGCCUGGGCAGGGGUUAUUAUUUCUUUGUGGUCUUGGCAAAGGUCAGGGAAUCCAGCUGAUGGCAUCGGAGAGAAACGACUAUCCAUAUUAUGCGCUAUUAGGAGGAGUUGGCUUUUAUGUCGACAGAGAUAGCCCCAUUAACCAUAUUAUCCAUGGGCGUACCAUCCCAGAAUCACCGCAAUCGAAGGAUAGCCUCAGUUCCAUCAGUGAAUGGUUAUCAGACUGUUCGACCCACCAUCAACAUUAUGUCAACAAUACAAUGAAACCCACUCGUCUGUUGAGAUAUGAACAUGACAAAGGAAAGGUAUCGCUUUGCACGUCCGUUAUCUCAGAUAUUAAGUAUGCCGCCCUCAGCCAUUGUUGGGGCGCCGUCCAGCCUCUCACACUCAACAAUGGCACCAAACACCAACUUGAACAAGGAUUGCCUCUUGAUGCCUUCCCCAAAACGUUCCAAGAUGCCUUUUGGUUAACGCAUCAGUUGGGAAUUCCUUAUAUCUGGAUAGACAGUCUGUGCAUCCUGCAAGACGAUAACGACGACUGGGUGCACGAGUCAGCGCGCAUGUGUGAUGUAUACGGAAACGCAUAUCUCACCAUCGCCGCUACCAGGGCAGCAAACUGUUCAGAAGGAUUCCUAGGACCUAGGGAAGGUCCCGGAUAUGGUUAUAUUCCCUUUCGUCAAGACGGGGUGCAUGACAGCGUUGCUAUAUCUCCAGUGCCUCUCCGUCGUAUCUCACCUUGGGCCGGGAUCAUCGAUUUGGAAAAGGAGCCGUUGUCGAAACGUGCUUGGGCCCUUCAAGAACGAUAUCUGCCACCCCGAACAGUACACUUCGCGAGUGACCAAAUGUACUUUGAAUGCCGAUCAGGGUUUCAUACGCAGGAUAAUCACAUGAAGACCGAUGAUAGCGAACCGGACUUCAAAAUACAUAGGAGGACGACAACCAAAGACGACGAUGAGCUUCAGGAUGCUUGGGGCGCCAUAGUUCUGAGGUACACACAACGAUAUCUGACCGUGGAAGCGGAUAAGUUGCCAGCAAUCGGGGGGUUGGCUGCCCGCGUGUUUCUCGAAAGAACUUCCAAUGGUGACCCUGGGGAAGAGUAUCUUGCUGGUCUUUGGAGGACAAGUCUACUUUGGGAUCUAGCCUGGAAAGUUAUUUAUGGAUAUACAUUGAGGGGCGCUCCAACGAGUUAUACGGCGCCAUCCUGGUCUUGGGCUUCCAUCAACCAGCCUCUAGAGUUCUUAGGUCCAGAGGAUAUCCAAAGUCUUGCUAUUGUGAAAGGCGCGAAGGUCGAUCUCGAGAACCCUGAAAACCCGUUUGGUCAGGUCACCGGCGGUUGGGUCCACCUAUCUUGCGUUAAACUUCACCCAUGCGUUGUGGAGUAUGAUGAUGAUGACUUAUCUAUCGGCCAUUUAUACUUUGGCGACGGAGAGGCGUCAUUUCGUGUUGGGGUAGCUCUCGACCCCCCCAGAUUUAAUCUGCCUCGAGUCCGUCUGGCUGACUACAGUGAUAAGAAGCCUGAGUUGGUAGCAGUUCCCCUAACAUUGCAUUUUGACAACGGAAACCCAUCGUUAGAAGGCGACAAUCGAGUUUACGGGGCCUAUUUUCUGAUACUCAUAUCAUCAAACUCUUUGGCAGGUCCAAUUAACGGCCCUCCACGCUAUCGUAGAGUGGGAGUUGGAACUUCAUUUGAGUCGGAUGAUCGAGAGAUGCCUAAUUCCAAAGAUGCAAGAAGACGAAUGGAAAACAUAUGUAUGACAGCAAUGACACAGGGAACCUUGGAAGACAUCAUUAUAGUGUAA